AUGUGGAGCAAGUUCGUGGAGGCACAGGGUGACAAGACCCAGAAGACUGAGCAGUUGUUUCAAGUCAAGGCGACUGAGCAGCAAACCACCAAGCUUGACAUUGGAAUGGGUCUUCCAUUCAACGUCAACUCCCACAGACGCCAAUUGCCAUGGCAGUCGGCUAAGGCCAUGCACUUCAGCCCCAACACUGCCACCCUCUCCCCCCUGAUGCCACUUGGUACCUAA